CACACACAAACACACACAUACAAGCCACAGCCUUGUCAGCUAACCCCCUCUAGUGCCGAGCAUCCUGCACAGAUGCGCACAGUCUCCCAGAGAGUGUAGCCGCCGCUUUCAGCUGCUGCUCCUCCGCUGCAUCCCAUCACUCCUCCUCCUCCUCCUCUUCCUCCGUUCACCGUCACCGUGUCGCUACUGCAGCGGACCGGACCGGACCGGGGCUGCAGACACCGGAGGAUUUCUAAAGUCUGUCAAGCCCCCUGUGCGCUCCUGGAGACGCACUAUUGAUAGAGAGUAUAUCUUUGAAACCAUGCACAACUGAAGUCCGUGGGAAUUACGCAAAGUUGUUAGGAGCUAGAGGUGUUUCUCUCACCUGUCUGAACAAUUUUUGAUUGCACUUUCAAAUAUUUUCGCCACUUUAUCCAAAAAAAUCUGUCCUUUACCUCGCCAUCGCCGCUGCCUCCUCCUCCAGGUAAAAGGGAUGGAUCUCCUUUUUCUCUCCUACCGGGACCGAAUGUAAAGGACCAGUGGAUCGGUGCUUGUUGGAGGAUCCAGCUGCGCUUUUUUCACUCUCUUCGCUAGAAGUAUACCUCGUAUAAAGCCGGUGAUAAAUGUUGCAGCAGACAUGAGUUUUGGAAACAGAUUUGUCCUCGUUUCACUCUUUCUUGGAAUUGUCCUCACGCGCUUGAGCCACUGCAACCAAGUUGUGCUGCUGGAUACGACGUCUGUGCUUGGAGAGCUUGGAUGGAAGACAUAUCCUAUAAACGGGUGGGACGCCAUCACGGAGAUGGACGAGCACAACCGGCCCAUCCACACGUUCCAGGUUUGCAACGUGAUGGAGCCCAACCAGAACAACUGGCUUCGCUCCAACUGGAUCUCUCGGCAGGCCGCCCAGAAGAUCUACGUGGAGCUUCGCUUCACCCUGCGUGACUGCAACUCCAUCCCCUGGGUGUCUGGCACCUGCAAGGAGACCUUCAACCUCUUCUACCAUGAGACCGAUGAGGCUCACGGUGUCAAAUUCAAGCCCCAGCAGUACACCAAGAUCGACACCAUCGCUGCCGACGAGAGCUUCACUCAGAUGGAUCUCGGAGAUCGCAUCCUCAAGCUCAACACGGAGGUGCGCGAGGUGGGUCCCAUGACCAGGAAGGGCUUCUAUCUGGCGUUCCAGGACAUCGGUGCCUGCAUCGCUUUGGUUUCAGUGAGGAUUUACUAUAAGAAAUGUCCGUUCACGCUGAGGAACCUGGCCUCAUUUCCAGACACAGUGCCUCGUGUGGACUCUUCCUCAUUGGUGGAGGUGAGGGGGGCUUGUAUUGACCACGCUGAAGAAAAAGACACACCCAAACUGUUCUGUGGAGCUGAUGGAGACUGGUUGGUCCCCUUGGGAAGAUGCAUCUGCAGCGUUGCGUAUGAGGAGAUCGAUGGCUCAUGUGCUGCAUGCCACCCAGGCUUCUACAAGGCACUCUCUGGAAACGUCAAGUGUUCAAAGUGCCCUCCACAUAGUUUCAGCUAUGGAGAAGGGGCCGCUAGCUGCCGCUGUGAAACGGGCUUCUUCAGGGCCGAGAGAGAUCCUCCAACUAUGGCUUGUACACGGCCUCCAUCUCCUCCCCGUAACUUGAUUUUUACCCUGAACGACACCUGUGUGAUGCUGGAGUGGUCUCCUCCCAGCGACACCGGGGGCCGCGUGGAUCUCACCUACAACGUCCAGUGCAAGCGCUGUGGCCCCGAGCCCGACCAGUGCCAGUUCUGUGAGGAGGAGUUGCGUUUCCUCCCACGGCCACAAGGCCUGACCAACGCCACCGUCACCGUCAUGGACUUCUCAGCGCACGCCAACUACACCUUUGAGAUCGAGUCUCUCAACGGCGUGUCAGACAUGAGCUCCUUCCCUCGCCAGGUAGCCCUCAUCACCGUCAGCACUGAUCAGGGUGGUCCGUCUCAGGUUGGGACUCUUAAGAAGGACUGGGCCUCUCCAAACAGCAUCGCUCUCUCCUGGCAGCAGCCCGAACAAACAACACUGCUCAUCCUCGACUACGAGAUCAAAUACUAUGAGAAGGAACAUGAGCAGUUGAGCUACUCAUCGACGCGCACCAAGGCUCCCAGUGUGAUCAUCUCAGGUUUAAAACCAGCCACCUGGUACGUCUUCUGUGUACGCACCCGCACGCCAGCUGGAUACAGUUCCUAUACCCCGAAAUAUGAGUACAAGACUACAGGAGACUCAUCAGACAUCGCCUCUGACCAAGGCCAGGUGUUGGUCAUCGUCACAGCAGCGGUUGGUGGCUUCACCCUCCUCGUCAUCCUCACCCUCUUCCUCCUGAUCACUGGAAGGUGUCAGUGGUACUUUAAGGCCAAGAUGACUUCAGAGGAGAAAAGGAGGACCACUUAUCAGAAUGGACAUGUCCCUUUCCCAGGAAUAAAGACCUACGUGGACCCUGAUACAUAUGAAGACCCCACGCAGGCCGUCCACGAGUUCACCAAGGAGAUCGACCCCUCCAGGAUCCGCAUCGAGAGGGUGAUCGGAGCCGGUGAGUUUGGCGAGGUGUGCAGUGGCCGCCUGAGAACGCCGGGGAAGAAGGAGAUCGCUGUGGCCAUAAAGACACUGAAGGGCGGAUAUGUGGAGCGUCAGAGGCGGGACUUCCUGCGCGAGGCGUCAAUCAUGGGCCAGUUUGAUCAUCCCAACAUCAUCAGACUGGAGGGCGUGGUCACCAAAAGCCGGCCUGUGAUGAUUGUGGUGGAGUACAUGGAAAAUGGAUCGCUGGACUCAUUUCUGAGGCAACACGACGGUCACUUCACUGUCAUCCAGUUGGUUGGCAUGCUGCGUGGCAUCGCCUCGGGCAUGAAGUAUCUGUCAGACAUGGGCUACGUUCACCGAGACCUGGCAGCUCGAAACAUCCUGGUCAACAGCAACCUGGUGUGUAAAGUGUCAGACUUCGGCCUGUCCCGAAUCCUGGAGGACGACCCGGAGGCUGCGUACACCACGACGGGUGGCAAGAUCCCCAUCCGAUGGACCGCUCCUGAGGCCAUCUCAUACAGGAAGUUCUCCUCAGCCAGCGACGCGUGGAGUUACGGCAUCGUCAUGUGGGAAGUGAUGUCAUAUGGGGAGCGGCCGUACUGGGAGAUGUCCAAUCAGGAUGUGAUUCUGUCUAUUGAAGAGGGCUACCGGCUGCCUGCACCGAUGGGCUGCCCCGUGGCCCUGCACCAGCUGAUGCUGCACUGCUGGCAGAAGGAGAGAAGUCAUCGGCCCAAAUUCACCGAUGUCGUUUCCUUCUUGGAUAAACUGAUCCGUAACCCCAGCAGCCUGCUCCCACUGGUAGAGGACAUUCAGAGUCCACCAGAGUCUCCGGGGGAGGAAAUGGACUACCCAAUGUUCAUCUCCAUUGGCGACUGGCUGGACUCCAUUAAGAUGAGUCAGUACAAGAGCAAUUUCAUGGCAGCUGGCUACAAUACAUUGGAUUCUGUGGCGAGGAUGAGUAUUGAAGAUGUGAGGCGUAUAGGGGUGGAGCUGAUCGGCCACCAGAGGCGGAUCUCCAGCAGCGUAGAGACCCUCCGCCUCCAGCUACUGCACGAACAGGAGAAGGGUUUCCAUGUAUGAGGACACCCUUUAACACAACCUGGGAUGGACAGAUAGACGGACCAGAGGGAAGUGAAGUCUAAACCGUUGGACAGACAGACAGACAGACAGACAGACAGUCUACAGCCUGUGCCUGAGUCUCAACCCCUCGUACAGGAGGUCAAUGGACAGACUACCACAGCAGACUGCCCCCUGGUCUCCCUCACAUCCAGUAGUAACAGACUCUUUCCUACUAUACACCCCUUACCCAGACUAUUGCAGCCUGAUAGACUUUAAAGACUGGCCCAGGCCCUCACUUAGGGGAAUGUAAUGCCUUGUUGCAGCAGCAGUAAUUUGUGUGUGGAGCAACAAUAUCUAGAGACGUAGAUUUGCAAUCGUAAUCUACUGAAUCUUUUGACUCUUUUCUUUUUGUUGUUCUUCUUUUCUCGUUAUGUGCUCAUGUAGCUGCUAUUUGGGUGUGCAAUCGAAAAAGUGUUUGAAAAACUUUUUAAUUUGGAGUUUGAUGAUUUAUCAUGAAGGUAUUAUUUGCGUCGCUUUAGUUUACCCUCUCUCCAGAGAAUCUGGUACGCUAAUACUUGAAGAAAGAAGCAAGUUGCGGAGAUUUCUUGAAUGUUUUAAAAGUGUAUAGACAAUUAAUCGAUAAUUAUUAUCAUAACCUAAUAUCUAUAUAUGUGCAGUCCUGUAUGUGAAAGCCCUAGUAAAUCUGGAUUUUAUUUAUUUGAGAUUUUUAUCCAAAUCAGCAAUACGGUAUUAUGCAGUCACCUCAGUAUCUCAGAGAGAGAUGAAGAAUCGUGCAAUGAGAGAGCUCUUGUUGUGAACAUGAGUCUCACACCACACCAUCCACCUGUUUUUAUCGUCACAUGCUGAGCUUGCAGAACUGGAUCCUUCAGAUUAACAACCAUACAAGUCUACUCCGACGGGUUUCUUUAGCAACCAGUGUGCUCACAGUUGUGCGAUACGCCUGAUUUUAUUUUGGAUUGUGAAUGUUAUACAUUGCCUGAAAGUACACAAUCUCCACCGUCUUAACAUAUGAAUGUUCACAGAACUUAGAUAGGAGACGCUUGACAUUGUCUGGAGACUUAAUAACAUGGACUCAUAUGGUUCUUCAGAAUUAGCCGCUGUCAUAUACAUGCAUUUUUUUCUUUUUGCUUGCACACUAAUGCAGUGCACUUCUGGGACAAAGUUGAUCCAAGAUGUCAGAGCGGAAUAAUCCGACGUAGGUGCAAAGCUACUGGAAGUAAUUCUCCUCCGGUCUGUUCUUACAUUGUGGUCAUGUUGGUUGUGGCGUUUGUGGCAGAAUGGGAAACAGUGUACAUAGAUGUUGGAUCUGAAGUAGAUGGUGUCAAGUUGUCAGACGUUUGCCAUUAAAAUCAAAAUGUUUAUUAAUUAAGUCAGUGGUGAAUAGAUAAGUGCUGCAGAAUAUAAUAAGUUAGAAAUAGCUAAAAGCUAGUGGAUGGAGACCGGUGAGAAACGGAAGUAGUCUUUGUGUGAUCCGGACGUACAGAGCUGUCCGGUAGAGACAGUUUAGGACGGCAGAGAGAGAACGAACAUAAACAGGAGCAUCAUAACUCAUCAUGUGUCAUUCAACAGUAACACACACACACACACAUACACGCAGAAUGCCUUACAGUCCGUUAACCAUGCAAGACAGAAACACUUCCGAGUGGUUCAUAAGUUUCAGUGCAGUCACAGGACCUAGCCAUUAGUUUGAGUUGUAUUCCAUAUUCAAGAGAGCAGCUGUGGUUUUUCUUACAAACUGGGGCUCCGAUGAUUUAAUGUCGAAGGCAAACUGGAUCCAGAGAUCUGUGCCUUUCGGUCACAGCGUAGUUAUGCAUCCAGCAGGCCUGCAGGAGUAGGAAAGGAGCACACACACAUUCAAACACACACACACACGCACACACGCUCACGGUCACCACCCCUCUACAGAAUAAGGAGAAUAUCAGAUGCUGUUUGUUUAGCAUGUUCUACUGCUGAGCAAUGUUAGAACGUUCUUUUGUACAAAGUACAAGUAUACUUAUAAUUCUUGUAUUUUAUUUUUCUAUAAUUUCCAAAGAGAUGUUGUAGAUCUUGCACACUGUAAGAGGCAGUUACAGCGAAUAUUUAUUUGCAAAUAAAGAUGAACAGUUCUGGUGGUUGACUGCUCAUUUAA